GUGCGGGGAGCGGAGCGGGGGGGCGCGAUUCCCCACCACCACCCCAGGCAGGCCUGCGCCAGGGGCAGCAGGCCCCGCUGCCAUGGCAACGCCGCUAGGCCCGGGGUGGGGGGAGGCCCUGUGCCCUUGGCCAAAGGACAGGAAGAAAUUUCCUUCAUUUCCCCUUAAACCAGCCACAGCUUCCCCAAAAGUCCUCGUGCGGGACUGUCGGCCCCCUGUUUGCUUACCUUCCUGUCCCCAGCCGUGUGGCAACGCUCAAAACCGUACGCGUGUUGUUUUUUCCAGAGAUCGUGUAUAUCUCCCUGCUUUUGCGGCGGUUCUGCUCUCCGCGCAGCCGGCAGCAUGUACCUGCGACGCCUUCUCCGAGCCCCGUGCUGGUGGGGUGCCGGCGUGCCUCGGCCCAUGCCGUGCACAACACUGGGGUCCGUCCAGGACAGGUGUUCCAGAUCUUGCCCGUAUAAAGCUGUAAUCUUUGACAUGAACGGAGUGCUCCUGCCGGCCCCUUACAAGGUAGCUGCAGACUGGGAGGUCCAGAACUGUAUUCCAGCUGGCACCAUCCAACAAGCUGUACGUGCUGGAGGGGAAAAUAGUCCCUCUCUGAAGUAUACCAGAGGAGAGCUGACGACUGUGGAGUUUUUGCAGGAAUUUGGACAGCAGUGCUUUGAGAUUGCAAAUGUUUCUGUUCCAGUGGAUUCAUUUCUCUUGGACUUAAUCAGAAAUGAGAUGAUAAAACAGCUCCCCAUAAUGGCAGAAGCAGUACAGUGUAUCCGUGCGGAAGGUCUUAAGACAGCUGUUCUAAGCAACAAUUUCUGUCUGCUGAAUGAAGAGAGCCUUCUGCCCCUAGACCGAAAGCAGUUUGAUGUGAUAGUCGAAUCUUGCCACGAAGGAAUAUUCAAGCCGGAUCCUCGUAUCUACAAGCUCUGCUUGGAGCGCUUGGGUGUUCAGCCCCAGGAAUCCAUCUUCCUUGAUGACAUCAGCCAGAAUCUAAAGGCAGCAGCCCAGCUUGGCAUUAAAACAGUGAAGGUUGAUGAUACAGAAGUAGCUUUCAAAGAGCUGGAAACCUGUCUGGGUUUUCCUUUGCGAGGGUUUGUUCCAUAUACUUGUUCGGUGAGACCGACCAUGGAGAUCCCCAAAAAUCGUCUCCAAAAGUACCUUGAAAAUGUCCUCAGUGGCCAGGCAACAGGUCCAUUGAUGUUACGGCAGUUUGGCCACGGACAGCCUACCCUGACCUACUAUGUCAAGUUUGGAGAUCGCUCGCUAGUGCUGAAGAAGGAGUCCUCUAGCGAUCUGCUUCCCACAGGCCCUGCUGUCACCAGGGAAUACAGGGUGCUGAAGGCUCUCUCUGAGGCCGGUGUUCCUGUUCCCACUGUACUUGCCCUCUGUGAGGACAGAAGCAUCCUUGGCACACCUUUCUACCUGAUGGAGCACUGUGCUGGCCAGGUCUACAGGGACGUCUCCCUCCCCGGGCUGCAGCCUAGCCAGCGGAGGGCUAUUUAUGCUGCCAUGAGUCAGGUCCUCUCCAAGAUCCACAGCGUAGACCUCAGAGCAGCCAAGCUGGAGGACUAUGGGGAGCACGGUAAUUACAUUCAGCGGCAAGUUCAGACCUGGACAAAGCAGUAUCGAGCUAUGGAAACGCAUGUUAUCCCAGCCAUGGAGAGACUCAUCAAGUGGCUGCCUCUGCACUUCCCUGAAUCCCAGAAGACGACGGUGGUGCACGGUGAUUUCAGGCUGGAUAACCUGAUCUUUCAUCCAGAGGGGCCAGAAGUCCUUGCUGUCCUUGGCUGGAAGCUUUCAACUCUAGGAGAUCCCAUCUCUGAUGUGGCAAAUAACUGCAUGGCCUACUUCCUGCCACCUCACUUUGAUACACUGAGAGGCUUGUGGAAGUGUGAUCUGGGGCGGCUGGGAGUCCCCACAGCAGAGGAGUAUUCCCAGAUGUACUGGGACCACAUGGGAAUAGAGCGCCCCGAGAACUGGAACUUCUACAUGGCCUUUGCCUUUUUCCGACUGGCCGUGAUGCUGCAGGGAGUCCACAGAAGCUCUCUGGCAGGCCACGUGAGGCCAGCCCCAGGUGAAAGCUGCCAGGAGCACGCAGCGUUCGUGGCUGACCUGGCUUGGGAUUUCGCUGUAAAAGAAGGAUUCCGUGUGUUCAACAGCCUGCCCACCACGAAGCCUUUCGUACGACCUUACAGCACAUGGGCCAGGCUUGGGCCAUUCCUCACCAGGAGCUACGUUACCCAGCCACAUCCUGGGGCAGCUCAUUUGCUCAAAGUCCCUCUGGUUGUUCCCCCCACUGGCCUGUUGGGGACAGCCCUGGGUCUUCACUGCAAGCUGGAAAGGGUCACGGAUGUCCAGCGGGGUCACCAGAUUUUCCGGCACAAAUGGACUCCACAUUCUCUUCUUGAAAAACCUAAGCAGGCAGAGAGUGCCAUGACCAAAGGAGCAGCUCCAACGAUGGCUGUAUGGGCCAUGGAUCAGGCUAACCAGGUCUCUGGAGCAGAGCGUCUCAGCGGUGCUGACCCCCAGCAUGGUGUUUCGCUUGGGCCUGGGCCCCACGUCUGCCCGAAGGUCCCACGCGCUUCACAGGGCAGCGCUCACUGAACUGGAACCGAGCUGCUAGCCAUGGCACGGGGCAGACAAGAGGCUAGACAUGCCGCCGCUCUGGCAUGGGAGAGGUCGUGCUAACUGCAGCCUGGGAGCUUCUGAAUUUCAAUGGCGUUUGCUGUUACCUGGUAUCUGGUUUCAGUGCCUCUAUUGCCAGGCUCAGUAAUGGUGGGGCAGAUUCCAUCCCUGGACCAUGAGGCUGCAGCCAUUCAACACCGGCCUUGCGAGGGGGAGAGCAGAUCAGGAAUGACAGGGUUAGGAUGCAAGUCUUGAUUUUGGGGGUAAAGAGAAUGGAGCAAGGCAUCUCUUCUCACUCAGCGCAACACCUCCAGCAACCUGCAGCUGCUAGUCAGCAGCAGGAAGAGUUGAAUCAGGCCAUGGAGGGUUCUGGCUUCAGGGGAGACUCUGAAGCAGGGGCAGGGCCUGACUCCCUGGAGCUGGGAGGAACUUGGAUGACCCCCAUGACUGCAGUGGAUAUCUCUGGGUUUUGUUGGGGACCAGCGACGAUGUGGACCAGAUCAACAGAGGCUUUCAGUACUUCACAGAGACCAGCAGCAGAAGCAGAAUCAUCCGCAUGAUUGUGGUAAUUCCUGGGCUCUUUAUUUGUAAUCUGGUAUUAAUGCAAUAUUAAAGUGAGGAACCUGC